AAAAAAAAAGAAUCUAUGCCGGAGAUUGAACCAUGAGGACCAAAAUAAAAUAAAAGUAAAAUAAAAAUAAAAAUGUAAUUGUAUUGCCAUUUUUUUUUUAAUUAUCUCUUCCUCUUUCCUUUCACGUCCAUUACAACAUGGCGUUGUUUGCCAAUGACAUUGACUUGAAAACAUGUACUGAUAGCGUAACACCAAUCAUAGCUUAUUGCAACUUUGUGGCAUCCGCGUCUUCAACUGAACUACUUGCACAGUCAGGACAUUUGGCUUUAUCUGCACCUUCACAAAUCAUUGGACGAUUCCAGUAUCUCAAGACUUUACGACACCCUCAUCUAUGUUCUUAUGUUGACAUUUAUCGCGGCAAACAUGAUUAUUUGUUGUAUCUGAGUACUUUGAAAACUCUCUUCCGAAGAUUGAAGCAAGUACUUUAACUCAGCAAAAUGGAUAUGGAGAUACUAGUACUUUACAACGAUUAGCCUUUGAAAUCUUGAAAGCGUUGGCAUUUUUGAAUGAUGUGGGGAUCGUACAUGGUUGUUUAUGCCCACAU